AUGCGCGCGCUCUUCCUGCUCGCGCUGCUCCUGGUGGGAUCCGCGCGAACCUUCGCGGAGGGCAUCGAGGCGCGGGGCCACCACCCGCGCGAGGACGAGCGCGCCGCCAAGAGAAGAGCGGCGGAGGCCCGAGGGAGGCAAGUUUCCGUCGACGUCGUGGAAGACGACGGGGGGCUCAGCGUGUCUCGCCUCGACGCCCUGCAACGCUGGGUCGAAGUUUCCCAAACUUCAUCGCCGCGAUCCUCCCCCGCGGACCCCAACGGCGCGCCCCGUGCGCUCUUCGCCGCGGCGACGCAUGCUGCGCGCAACAGGUCGUGCGCGACGAGGGACAGGUCCCCCGAGGAGCUGCGGGAAAAGGAGCGCGCGCGAAGGUCCCUGCGGAUGCGCGAGACGGCGGAGGACUUCCGCGUGGAGGUACCGGUGGUGUUCCACGUCAUAUGGAACAGCGCGCAGGGCGCCGGGUGGGUGUCCGAGGAACGGGCGAGCGCACAGGUGGACGUCCUCAACCGGGCGUUUGGCGGGCGGACCUUACGGCACGACGGGUCGGCAAAUUCAAACGCCGUGGACACCGGCGUGUCGUUUCGUCUGCACGCGGUGAGGUACACGGACGUGAGCACAGACGGUGACGCGUCGCGGGCGUCGUUUUUCCGCGAAGAUUGCGCUCCGGGGGGCGGAGAGCGGGUCAUCAAGCGAGCGCUCGCGGAGAGCCCGGAGACUCACCUCAACGUGUAUACUUGCGAGCCCGACGGCGGUGUGCUCGGGUGGAUCUCGCAUUGGCCGGACGAGAUCGACGAAGGGGACGUCGAUAACGGCGUGUUCCUGCUGCACUCCACGCUUCCGGGCGGGGACGCGAAUCCGUAUCACCUCGGGGACACCGCAGUGCACGAGAUUGGGCAUUUCUUCGGCUUGUAUCACACUUUCCAGGGAGGGUGCCACGACGUUUGGGACCUCGAAGCUGGCGACGCAGUGUUCGACACCCCGCCGCAGGCGCACGAGUCCCACGGAUCGUGCCCUGAGCUCGCCGCGGAGAGCCCGGACACGUGCACGCUCCCCGGUCACAGCGACCAGACUGUGGCGCCUUACUUCGGAGCCGACCCAUAUUGGAAUUUCAUGGACUAUGCCCACGACAACUGUAUGAGCGAGUUCACUCCGGGUCAGGCGUCGAGACUUCGGGAGGUGAUUUCCCAGUACAAACCAACACUAUGUGCGUCGAUGCCGGGGCAAAGUUGCGAGGGUGUCGAGGGAAAUGUGCAGGCGUUUUCUGGUUCCCCGGGGGAGACUCCACCGCCACCUCCCCCUCCCUCUCUGACUCCUCCUUCUUCCAUUCAGCGGACAACUGGCCGAUGGAAAUUGGGUGGAGGCUGA